UCGACACGACGUCGAUUUGCCGUGAACCGCACGAACGAUACACAGUUUCGAAACUCUUUGGACUUUGUCAUCUUGUGAAUAAUAAUAUAUUGUGUGAGAACUCCUUCUCUGGAUCUUUUUCUAAUUGUUCUAAAUGAACAUUCUACCGACACGCGUUUCAGACAUUAGUAUUUUGGCGAAGCAUCGACUGUCAAAGGGAUUUAAUCACAUCGAACGGACACUUGCUGAUUACGUUCAGAGGUUGAAGUUCAGCACGUUGAAGGCGAAGGUCGCCAAUGCAGACAGAAUGAGGGUUCCGAAAAUGGCGGAGCUACAGUUCGAGGCUCCGCUCGCUUCCUUCGAGAACGAGGAAUGGAAUGAGUAUAAUGAAUUUCAGACGGCCAAGGCAACGGACGACUUAAAUUCGAAUAUGGACGGAUUGAAGAGUGUGAAUAUUGGCGUGCCAGGUGAAAACAAUACGCAUGAAAACUUUGGCGAAACGGUCUCCGGUUCGCUGGAAGAUUUGGUAAAUACAUUCGAUGAUAAAAUCACCAAGUGUUUCUGUACGUUCGAGGAACAAGUGGAUACGAGUAAAUUCGCACCUGUACAGAUCAGGACACAGGAAGAAGUGAUCAAAGACUGCCAAAUGUGGUGGACGAUCACAGGCAACUUUGGUAAUAUACUUCCGAUUGACUGGUCUAAAACAUAUACAAGGCAGCUUCACACACGAGUAUUAAACCUGGAGGAAGAACGGGAGCCUGACGAUUUGAAUCUCGACCUGUCUGAUGACGAGGAGCUGGCCCAGGCCUUCGACAUGCAUUCUCUCAUUGUGAGCAGUCUCCAGCCCGAUGAUUCAGACCAUGUCGCGUCCGCCGAUGAGGUCAUCAGCGAAAUAGACACAAUGAUGCAGGAGCCUAACUUGGAUGAUGUGCCCAUGCUGUGUGGUGAAAUGAUUGAGGAUGAUAACUACACCAAACUGAAGGAGACUCUUUCCAACUUACCAAAUUAUCCUGAGUCAGAGCUGAAGGAGAUGUCGACCGCCCAACUUCACGAGGUGCUAGCGGAGUACGAGCUGACAAUCAAAGAGCUGAACGAGACCCUGGUCCUGGAGCUGGCUCUGCGAGACGAGCGCGAGUACGACAAGGAGCUGAAGAACCAGUUCAUCUCACUGCUGCUGACCAUUCAGAAGAAACGACGCGAGGGCAAUGUCGACAAGAAGAAAAAGAAAUCAAAGCCACUCAAUCACAUGAACAUGAACAACAAUAACCUCUCCCCAGAAGCAGGAGCAUAUUUAACAACUGUUAUCCCAUACCACCAGUAUCAGGGACCGCCUUCCUCUGAACAACUGCAGAUAUAUAUCAAAAUUUUGCAGGCCAUUAACGAAGACAGCGUUACAGUGCCCACCCUGCUGACAGACUAUAUACUAAAAGUUUUGUGCCCAACAUAAUCCUUAAGAAGAUCACAUCUCAUCAGUUAACCAGUCUACAGAGUGGACGCAAUUCAUGGGCUUUUUAAAAUUUCUUUUUCCAGACUCCGUUAUAGUGCUCGUUUUGUUUGAUCAAAAUAUAUUUUGUAGGUUGUUUGUGGCCUUUGUUAUUGUUUAUUUUGUGAUAUAUGAUUUACCUGUACCUCGUCUCAGCAAAGCAGCCGUACUCUUCAUAAGUCAUUAAUUUAUAGUUGGUUGUUCAAUGGUGUUUGCAGCUUUUAAUCAUGCCGAUUGUCAUGUGGCCAUGGUCACUAUUGUUACAUGUAAUUUUAAUAUAAUACAUUCAAAGAUAUUAAAUGCAUUGAACUAGAUGCAUAAUUCUUGAUAUUAAGCUAUGUAUGUGGUCAAGGCUGUGGAUAUAAUAUCUGUCAAUAUAAACUGAAUUGUUGUACAUAAUUUAAAGUAUUGCAGAAUUCAUAAUAUGAAGUAGUGUAGAAUAUAUUAUACAUUUUGGUAAUAAUUUAGCUCCUGAGGCAUGAUCAAGAGGCUGAGUGCAUCACGGUUGUGCACUAGACUGGUCUUUUAAUUCUAAUAUUAAAUGUAUGUGAUAGGAUUGAACUACAUGUAUGAUAGAAUAUGUUGGAAACCAGUCAAAUUGUUUGUUAACACUCACUCUCCUGAACAUGGCACUGGUAAUCUUAGAUCAUUUAGAGUUCUUUACCUGUUAAUAUGUCUUCUUUUUUUUUCUUUAAAAAAAAUAUAUAUAUGGUAUACAGAGUAGACUGCAGGCCCCAUGAUUGUCUGGGGCCUUUUGCUGUAUUGCUCAGUUUUCCUCUGAUCUGCAUUUUCUAAAAUAACAUUCCGAGAUUUAGCUUUAGAAAUAUGCUAACACACAGUCUUAUGUUGUAAUAAUCAGUGGUUUCUGGCAGACGUACAUGUCUGAACAAGUAUCAGACAGUUAUAUUGAUCAGGAAGGACCACACCUGUCAAGAAUUCUGUUCUGAUUAAAGAUCUGGCAUCAGUAACUACUUGUAAAACUGAUGACUACCGCCUUGUUUUUCAUUAAACAAGACAACUGAUAGAUCCCAUUCCAUAAUAAUUAAAAACGCAAUAACUAACACUUGUUCAAGCCUAAUCACCAAUUGUGAACCAGCUUACGGGUAUCAGCACAGUACAUGACAGGUACUGGUAUACUUGUAUGCUAGGUGUAAAGUUUACACUGUAAACGCAAUGCACUGAUGUUCUGUAUGAUAUAAGAACCCAGUCUGCUUAUGAUCUGGAGAUGGUAGAUUUAAAGGUUGACUGUGUGCACAUGCUAUGCGGAUGGGAACAUAUUGCAAAUGUAUAAGAGUGAGAGUUUGUAACCUUCUAGAAACCAGUUGCAGUUACACAUAAUUAAAAAAUAUACAACAUGUAUGCUAUUAGUCGGUAGAUCACUGAAAUAUGUGUAGAAACAUGUAUGCUAUCAAAGUCACUAGCUAAUUGAAUUGUAUUAUACACAUAUGUUAUCAAAGUUACUAGCUAACUGAAUUGUAUUUUACAUGUAUGCUAUCAAUGUUAGCAGACAGUCCAUUUAAGAAAAGUACAGACAUUGUUACCUUUUAAUCCUAUUGAUGUUGUGCAUAUAUUGUUCAAUGCCUGAUAGUGCAUUGAAGAGAUUGUAUGUGUAUAUAGUAAAAGUAAAGUUUGUUUUAUUUAACGACGCCACUAGAGCACAUUGAUUUUUUAUCUUAUCAACUUUAGGAUCCUGCAGGAUUCAUUAUACACAAUAUGUGACUAGCUGCAGAACAGUAUGUAAAUAUAUUGCAUAGUUUGAUGAAUUAUUCAUGUCUGGCAUUGUAACAAAACCUUGUUUUAUAAUAUUAAGAGAUCACCAGGGAAAGUCGAUGUGAAUUUCAAUGUGUAAGCCCAGUUUUUAGCAAACAGCCAUUGAAUACCAGUACAUAUUCAUAAUUCAGAAUAUACUUUCUUGUCAUUAAAUACAACAAAAUAUAGUACAGUGAAACUCCGUUAAACCGGACACCCUUGGGACCAAGUAAAACAUCCGGUUUUAAGAGGUACUGGUUUAGAGAGGUUCUCUUCUGUACAGAUAUUUAAGAGGGGGGGGCUGCACAAAACGUCCAGUUUACAGAGGGUCCAGUUUUGAGAGGUUUCAUGUUAUAUAAUGUUUCUGAUCAAAACCUUUUCUUGAGUGAUUAAUUAUAUCUGAAUGUAAAAAUUUGAAAGAUGUAGAAUUGAUUUGAACAUUUUCUAAGGCGCUCGACAAUGUCUUCAAAACUAAUUUGUUGCAUUUUUAUAAACUCCUUAGCAUUUCAGAAGUGGCAUUUUGUGGCUCAGACAUGAUUAACUGGUCGAUGGGCUAAAAUCUUUGGGGGCUUUUUGGUUUCAUAAAUGAACUUUUUUUCAUUUUACCCAUGCUCUAGUCGGGCACAAUGAAACAAGAAGGAAAAUAAUAAAACAAAAUGCUUCAAACUGGAUAUAUUAAUUUCAUUAUGUAACAAGUAUGCAGUAUGUAAGAUAUUAUAGGAGCUUUCUCUGUAGUUUGCCAUGCCAUCACCCCACCCACCCCCCAACCCCCCACUUCAAGUUCUAUUGGAUGCCCAUUUUUAUAACUGUUUUAUUAUCCCUUCUAGAAUCCAUGAUAACAUGAUCAGUGACAUUAUUGUGCAUCUCAUUUCAUAUAAUAAGUUGAUUGAUUAAAUGAUUAACAGUAAAUAUACAAGACCACUGUUAUAAAGUCAGUGUUUCUACUACUGAUUUAGAAAACACAUGAAAAUUUUUAAGAUCUUAUAAAGGACGAGGUUUACCUUAGCUGAUGUUAAAUUUAUUUUAAUUCACAAUAGAGCAUUGUGUUAGUCAGUGAAAGUGAUACAUGUGUGUAUAUGUACAUUUAUAAAUACUAUACAUUUGUACAUUACUUUGCUUAUAUUGUUUUGUGCAGUGUGUUAAUCACACAAUGAUGCUUACUUGGAAAAAAUAUUUCUGUAAUGUAUAUUUGAUGAAUGCAUAAUUUCCCAACAAAAUAUAGAUGACAGUUUGUUAGCAUAGAAAGUAAGGAACAUUUGUGUGUUAUCUUAAAAUGGAUGUAUUGACACACAAGAAUGGAAUAAUCAAAAGAUUUUUUACAACUAAUGUCAGUUUUGUUCGGACACCAAAAUUGUCAAGCUAAAGGGAGAUAAUAUCAAGGAAGAUAUAUGAAACAUGUACAAGUAUCAAGGAGAAAAAAAUUCAAUAACAUUUAUCAUACUUCAAUAUUUCUUUUGUAUGUUUAAGUGUUGACAUUAUAAUUUUAUGGAUAUUAUUGAUAUUUUCUAGCAAUUAAAAAAUAAGGUAUAAUAACUUAAAAAUAACAGUUUGUGUUAUUAAUAUGUGUUUGCGUCCAUGUAGCUUUAUGAUCAAACAUGUUCAGGUCUUUGUGUGUUUAGUGUUUUCGACAUUUUUCAUUGCUUUUUUUAAUUCUUAGAUAAAUAGUUGAUAUAUUUAUGUCAGUUGUUGCCUUUUGUCCAAUCAAAAUUAUGAACAAAACCAGUGAUCGAUUUUGCAGUUACCAUUAUUUUUAACAUAAGACCACAACUUUUAUAGUUAGUGGUAUUAGAACCAAAGCUAAAAGUAAAGUGCAGUGAUAUUUUGGGUGAUUUAGUUCAUUAAAAAAGAACAGGUUUUAAGGUUGAUGACUUUAAUAUGAAACAGUGAGUUGGAAAUGAGUGAGCAUGUACUUAACAAAUCCAAAGUAUUCCAAGUGCAAUAUUUUACAGUCAUUAUUGCAUGCACCAUUUAGUUUUGCAUGCAGAAUUAACAGUUCCAUUAUCGUGUGUACAUAUUUCAUCACUAACAUCAUGCAUGUACAGUGUCAUCAUUGUAGUCAAUUUAGAAAUUCAGAUUUGGAGAGAGAAAAGUUUGCAUUGCAUUUUAAAUUAAUGUCUUCAAUUGGACUACUGAAGUGUUUGAUUCAGUUGAAUGACUGUUUUAUUACCAAGUAGUUAUAUAUAGUAAUUUUUUUCAAACUCCUAAAUGUACAUAUUUAAGAGUAUCUGUUAGUACUGGUUAUUGUAUCAUAAGUAACAACUUGUAGCUUCAGGCAUCGAAAUAAGUAGAGAAUGGUCUUCGGGUUACCAGAAAGUUACAUGUACCACAUGUAAAGAAAGUAAAAAAAUUAUCCUCUUUUCACACAAAAGCUUAUUUAAAAAAAACAAAAAAUCCUAGGCCCCCUAAAUUUUGAUCAGUUGAAUGAUAUUCAGAUAUAUGAAACAUGUACAAGUAUCAAUAUAAAAAACCCGAUACGGAUGAAUAACAAAGUAUCAGGGUGCGAAGGGACUUAUAAUAAAAACAGUGGUAAUUGUAAAUGUGAUAAAUGUGUCGUAACACGGUAACCAGAUCUGUAUUGUGUGAUGAGGUGUUCAUGGGUUUAGUUCAAUGCCUGUAGCUUCUUUUAACUUGUUUUCCUCCAAAGGCCAAUGGUCUGUAUUCAUGUCUCUUGUAAUAGACAUUACGUACAGUAUAUGAUAAAUUAGCUAAUUUUAAUGAUGAAUGGUUAUAGUUGUGAAAAUUGUGGAACCAUUUAGGUAUGACACCUUUAACUUAUGUGGAGCCUAAAUUGCCAUUUUCAUGAUUAUAAAAUGUAUGUUAUAUUUGACAUCUGUCUCAACAACUGCCGUAGCUUUCUUGUUUUUCAACCCAUGUAUAUACAUGUAUUCGAUUGAUGUUUCUUGUAUUUGUUUAUGGUGUUUUCCGUGUAUGCAUACAAUGUAUGCAUUUUAUUAAAAUUUAAAUAACUAAGUGUGAAAUCUUGUAUUACUAAACUUUAUUGGUGACAAAAAAAAAACCCAAGUAAAUCCCUAAAUACAUUUACUUGAUCUUUAUUUUUAUUAACUUAACUGUAUUUUUUCAAUACCGAUAUGGUAAUAAAAUAUUAGAUUUUUAAAUAUUUGCGGAACAAUGUAAUUGCUGUUACUUUAUACAGGUAGCCUAUCAAUAUAAGUCUACACUAUGCACAAUAGAUUAUUAUCAAGUAUGGUAGACAGUCCUGUUUUAAAGAAAUUUAAAAGACUCACCAUGGGUAAACAUUUAUUUCCCUUUGAUUCAACAAGAAGACAUUAGCUGGCUUACUGUGAGAUAGAUGUUUGGGGUCAUUCAACAGUUACAUAAUGCAAAAUGUAGCAUUUUGUAUACCCUUAAAUUACCUAACAUUUGUAAACCACCACCCCCCAAACACUAUUCAAACUUUAGGUUCAUGACAUAAUUUGACCAAUAUGAUUCUAUUUUCUGUUAGUAUUUAUGUUUGCUUGGUUUGGUAAAAAAAACACCCCACAUUAGUUAUAAAAGAACAUAAUGGUUGCAUUUUACUUCAUAAAUAAAAUUAAAUUUUUAAAGAAAUACUAUCUCAAGUAACUUCUCCUUCUCCCAUAACUUUUCAUCAUGCAUCCCAUGACACACAUACACCCUUCCUGAGCAUUAAGUAAUUGUUUAAUGACCCAAAUUUGUUUCUCAUUUUGGAUACAAAUGCUUAUCAGGUUAGACAAAGGGACUGAUUUACAAGCUAGUUUGAUAUUCAACUGACCGUGUCAUACUAUUUUCUUCACAGUUUAUCUCAAGUUUUCAUGUACUCUUUGGCUGCUAUUUGAUAAAAACAUAAUAUAAAGUAAUUUUAUCUUAUUUUUAAUUAUUUUUAAUAUAUAUGUUUAUGAAUUGCAUUAAUAAAAUGUUCAGUUUGUUCUAUAUGCUUAGAACCAACACAUUAGUGUGGUAAUCUCAUCGUUAAAAAAUUAAAUUGAUGGCAGUAUUUGUGUUAUUUGAAGACUAUAAGUAUAAUACGAUAAAAUGGUAUUUCUGUUACAUGUAUAAUAUUUACAAAUGUGGUGUACAAGUAGACAGGUAGUCAUAAAAUAGUACAAAAACUUGGCAAUCUUGUGUGUAGGUGUGUUCACACAGCUGUGUGUAAAUCUACAAGACUAUUCUGCAUAAUAUAUGCAUCAUCAAUGGUCGUCAUACGCACAAUGUGUAAUUAGAAUAUUUUAGGAUUAGGUAAAAAAAAAAAAAAUAAUAAUAAUAAUAUUUCUUUUUGUUGCAAGUUUCUUAAAGGUUUUACUGUAAUGCCGCAUUAAUAUACUAUAUAUUAAAAUAUAAUGAUUCAUGCAUAAGCCAGGCAGGUUAUUUACUAGCUUACUAGUUAUUGUACAUGCUUGAACAUAGAAUUGUUGUAUUAGCCAUUUCAUCUAGAUUGACUGUUGCAGAUUAGCACAGUAUAAAUGCAUAAUUCCAUCGUCCAACAUCUAGAUAUUGUAAUACUAAUCAAUGGUUGCUAAUGUAAGCCUACAAAACAAAUAUGAAAUAAGAAUUAUAUUUAGGGACCCAAUGGUAUAAAAAUCUGUCGAGGUUGCUUCUUUUUAUACUCUGAUCAAAAUCAAAAUGGCAGAUUUAUUUCCAUUUGUGGAUACCAGCGGUAGUCUAAAGCCUCAAAAACAUCAAAACCUUACAGUUAUCCCUGAUGGGUACAAUUUCUGAUUACAUCACAUGUAAUUAAUUAUUGUUUAUUUGUUGUGGCUGUAAAACUUGUAAUAAUAUAUGCAUUUCAUAAUGCAAAAUCUUCAUUUUCAAAUCCAUUUGCAUGCACAUUUAUAUAAAACCCAUCAAAACAUUUGGAAAAUCAGUCUGUUGAUAAGAUAAGCUGUGAAUCUGGGACAAAGAUUACCAUCUUGUUUAUAUUUUCGUCACAUAUUUAUUUGUCAAGCCUUUCUCCACCUUUAAUUUUUUUUAACAAAUUUGUUUUAAAAUUUCAAGUAUGAAUUUAUGAAUAUACUACUCAAAAGAAAAUUAAUUGUCAUGGUAUUGGUGAAUUAACCAAUUUUGCAAAAAAAGAAAGAAAAGAAGAAAAAAUAGAGGUGAAAACAGUAGUUUUCUAGCACCUGCACAAUAUUUUGUGGUCAUGUGAAUUAUACAGCAAUGAUAAAUUUUUUUUAUACAAAUGCAUUGACACCAAUGCAAAGUUUAUGAAGUAUGGAUCUUUGUCUCAGAUAGAAAGAAAUAUGUGCAUCUCCAUUAAUCAAACUGUUGGUAACUACACCAAAAUAUAAUAAUUGCAUGUUGGAUCAAAAGCCUUUUACAAAAAAAACAUUUAUAUAUUUGCUUGUCACUAUUUUGAAUUUUGUAAAUAUGCCCUGCUGGCUUUAUUUCAGCCACUUACAGAUGCAGGUUUAAAUUAUGAAUUAAAUAUGUGUUGUAUUUACAAAUGUAGUUGGUACUGCCAUUAUAAUAAAAUCGCUUUGUCAGAAAAAA